AUGGCGGACGCACGGCAGCGCUCUCUGUCAACUUCUGGGGAGUCCCUGUACGCGGUGCUCGGGCUGGAGCGAGGGAGCAGCCGUGAGGAGGUGAAGAAGGCUUAUCGGAAGCUGGCGCUGCGGUUUCACCCCGAUAAAAACCCUGAUGAUCCGGCGGCGGCCGACCGCUUCAAAGAACUGAACAACGCUCACGCCGUUCUGUCGGACGCCACGAAGAGGAACAUCUACGACUCGUACGGGAGUCUGGGGCUCUACGUCGCUCAGCAGUUUGGAGAAGAGAAUGUCAACACUUACUUCAUGCUGUCCACCUGGUGGGCCAAGGGGAUCUUCGCGCUGUGCGGCCUGCUCACUGGAUUCUACUGCUGCUGUUGUCUUUGCUGCUGCUGUAACUGCUGCUGUGGGAAGCUCCGCCCACCCGCAGAGGGGGCGGAGCCUGAAUACGUGUCACCUGACGACCUGGAGGCGGAGCUACGCAGCGAGCACGACACAGACGUGCCGGUGACGCAGCCGCCCAGUGCAAGUGAAAAAACGCAGUUGAUCGGAGAUGGAGCACGUCGCUAUGGAGACACGUACACAUGA